GCUUUGGAUUGAAUUUAAAUUUGUGGUAUAUGGAAGGUAUAAUCCGAAGAUUUUCAUCACAAACCUCACAUUCCCAGCCACUAAUACUUCUAAGAUAACAUGGCCUAAUAAAUCCAAUAAACCAAACUUCAAAACAUAUUCCCACGUGGCGCCAAUCCACAGGCUCACCUUGUUUAUCCAAACACCACAUAUAUCACUUCAAGGCCUUGGCACCAAAUCCACCAAAAUUCAAAGCCACACAAAAUUCCCUCCACACGUAUAAACAACAUUUGAGCUCUCUUUUCUUCUCAUAUAAACCCACACACAUAAAACACACUCUAGCUUAGCUCACACACAUUUUCUACGGUCCAGAUUAAACCAAACUCAUUUCCAAAAAUGGGCUGCGCUUCCUCGAAAAGAGUGGAGGCUGCCGUGGACUACAAGCCCGCACCGGCGAGCUACGCGGUCUUCGACAUCAACGCCAUCCAAGAGCCGUGGCUCGUAUUCGACAAUACGACGCUGCAGGAGCAGCAGCAGAGCCACGAAAAGCCCGCGCAUGUGCCGGCCCAAAUCCUCGACAAGCUCAAAUCGUUAGAAACCGAAGCGGAAGCAGCCCCUCACACGUGGGACGAGGUCAGCAAGGCCCUAGAGAACCUAAAGCCCAAGACCGACCCGAAGUGCAAACCCGAGCCAAGCCCAACUCCUUCCCCGGCCCAGAACGAACAGACCAGUAGUAGGAAGCCCCGUAAGAGCCUGUCCUUCCACACGCUCGACGAGCUCGACAAGAAGCUCGCUCCGAAACCGGCCGACAUGAGAAAGAGCGAGUCGAUGCGGUCCCUGUGUAAGCUAAACACCGAGUCGACCCGGUCCGAGUCACGAGUUGACUCGGAGGCGACUCAGUCGACUCAGUCGGCGGCGGGUUACAUCAAGCCGGUGAAGGAGAACAUAUUCAUAAUGAGGGACAGGAUGGAGAGAGAGAAGGAAGGCAAGCUGGCGGUCUACGAUAGGCUGAUGAAGAGCAAGCGGGACCCACUGAGCGAGUACCCGGAGAGGUGCCCGCCCGGCGGCGCCGACUCUGGGUGCCAUCGGGUGGUGUACGACGAGCGCGACGUGGCGCUGCACGGCGAGUUUCUGGGUGAGCUGAGGGGAUUGCUGGGUGAGGAGAGCAAUAACUCCGACGGCGGCGUGGGUGUGCCGAGGGUUUUCGUGAAGGGGAGGUAUCUGGGUGGGGCGGAGGAGUUGGUGGAGCUGAACGAGUCCGGGGUGUUUGGGAGGAUGGUGAAGUUAGCAGGCGUGGAGAGAGGGGUGGGGUGGCGAGCGUGUGAGGGGUGCGGUGGGGCCCGGUUCGUGCCGUGCAUGGAGUGUGGCGGGAGUUGUAAGGUGGUGGUUGGGGAUAAGAGGGAGAGGUGCCCCAAGUGUAAUGAGAAUGGGCUGGUGCAGUGUGUGGCUUGUUGGUCUUUAACGUAAUUUCAACGGAGUAGGGUAUUUGUUUCUCUUUUAUUAUCUUUGAUUUCAAUGUUGUGUAUAAGUUUUUGAUUGGUGUUUAAGAAAAUAUACACUAUCCUCAUUCCUGAGUGAGAUUUGUAAGCUCUGGUAAAACAGAGAGACGAAGAGAGUGACUUGUAAAGAACUGUAAAGUGUAUAUAGAAUGUACAAUUUAGUGCCAAAAA